AUGGCUCUCGAUGAAGAUAAUGAAAAACAAAUGAUCGCAUUAAGAAAAAGACGUGGAGUGGUCAAGGCCUCGUUAACACGACUUCGCAACUUUGUUAAAGAGUUUGAUCAUAAUGAACAGUCUAUUUCUCUCCUUGAAUUUCGACAAGAAGAAUUGCCUAAUAUAAAUAAAAAGUUUGACGCAGUUCAAUGCGAAAUUGAGUUGAUUACAGAAGAACCGGAAAAGGAAGAAGAAGAACGAGCGUCAUUUGAAGGAAACUACUUUGAGACAAGAUCUCAAAUGCAAGAAAUUAUCAACACCCGAAGCUCAUCAAGUACUGUAGGCCCUAAUGCAUCAUUUGGAUCGUCAAGUAAUACAAACCGUGUCAGAUUAGCACCUAUUCCAUUGCCCACGUUUAAUGGUGAUAUUGAAAACUGGGAAGCAUUUUAUGAUGUUUUUUGCGCGUUAGUUCACAAUGAUGAGGGACUUGCUCCGGCGCAAAAAUUAUAUUAUUUAAGAUCCUGUUUGACUGGCCCGGCUGUAGAUAUCGUUAGUUCAAUCCCAAUGGUCGAUGGAAAUUAUGAGGUGUUUACUGAACGACUCAAGCAGAGAUAUGACAACAGAAGCCUCGUGAUACAGACACACAUACGAGCGCUUCUUGAUGCCCCUCGCGCAGAGACCGCUUCCAUAGAAGCAUUACAAUUGCUGCACUCACAUAUUGGAUGUCAUGUAGCUGCGCUUAAGGCCUUAGGUCAGCCAAUAGAACAGUGGGACGCAUGGUUAGUUACCAUUGUUUUAAGGUGUUUAGACCAGAAUACAGCACAUGAGUGGCAGCUUCGACAAGAGGACACACAGCUACCCAAGUAUAUAGACAUAGAAAGGUUUUUAGCUAGAAGAUGUAUUGCAUUUGAAAAUUCAAGCUCAGAAAUACAGUCACGAUCUCAUAGUCAAUUAAUGUCAACAGGCCAACACCAAGCAGGCAGUAGACAAAGAAGGUCUGAGAAAACUACUAAAAUGGCAUUUUUAGCCACUGGAAAAAGUCAAGCUUCAAAAUGUCCUUGCUGCACAGGGCUGCAUAGGAUAUACGCGUGUGACAAGUUUAAGGAACUGAGUAUAAACGAUCGUCUAAAUAUUAUACGAGAUACUCGUUUAUGUUUUAAUUGCUUGUCAGCAUAUCACACAACGAAAACAUGCAAGUCUAAUGGCUCAUGUGGAGAGUGUGGGUUGAAGCAUAAUACUCUACUACACUUCUCACAAAGGGUAUCCGACGAUCAGAAGAUUAAUAAUACAAGUGAAGGAGGAUCAUCUUCAGCUGGAGCAUUAUCAGCUACGUCAUGGUCCUCAGGGAACCGUUAUGCAUUUUUAGCCACAGCACAAGUGAUAGUUAAGGACAAGAAUGGUAUGGAAUUCAAAUGUCGCGCCGUGCUAGACAGCGGCGCUCAGGUGAAUUUUAUAUCCAAAAGGCUACAAAACGUACUCAAGCUAUCAGGAGAAAGGGUAGCAUUGCCGGUGAGCGGAAUCGGGUCAAGUAGGACACAAUCGACCACAAGGGUAGAUAUCAAGGUUUGUUCUCGAGUAUCAUCAUUCCAGGCUAACCUAUCAUGCUACGUACUACCAUCAAUUGUCAACACAUUAUCGUCAAGUAUAAAACCCUCAGACGGCUGGGGAAUCGCCAAAAAUAUUCUUUCACAGUUAGCUGACCCUCAUUUCGAUCAGGCAGGCACCAUUGAUAUGUUAAUGGGCGCAGGAAUAUUUUUUGAGUUAUUAGAUUCAGAAAGGAUUCAACUUCAAACCGGUAAUCUCUCGUUACAAUCCACAAAAUUAGGCUGGGUUAUGACUGGAGAACUUAACAUUAAUUGCUUAGUAAGUAUUGGAGCGUCGUUAGAAGACGAAUGGCGAGCAAUGAGAGCAGAGCAAGGACUUUUCGGUAGAUUAUCUAAAGCCAAUAAGCGAUACAUAGAAGAACAAGAAACAGUACAACACUUUGAAGAAACUGCUAUCAGGAAGGCCGAUGGUCGAUUUGUGCUUCGUCUACCUGUUAAGCCAGAAGUUAGCCAGCUAGGAAACAGCAUAUCUAUGGCCACGUCACGCUUCAUAAGCGUCGAAAGGAAAUUAUCACGAGAUGAACAUUUACGUACUGAGUAUGUAAAAUUCAUGACACAAUAUUUAGAAACGGGACAUAUGGAAGAAGUAAUUGAAAACAAAAUUCCAACAUCAAGGCAAUUUUACCUACCACACCAUGCAAUAGUCAAAACAUCCAGUCUAACUACAAGGGUACGAGUAGUGUUCGACGCAUCAGCUAAGAGCUCAUCAGGAAUAUCUCUAAACGAUGUCUUAAUGUGUGGUCCGAGUAUCCAAGAAGAGUUGUUUUCGAUCCUAUGUCGGUUUAGAAGCCAUCAAUUCGUUAUCACCGCUGACGUAGAGAAAAUGUUUCGACAGGUGGAGGUUGCGGAAGAAGACCGAAACUUGCAGCGUAUAGUCUGGAGGGCGACUCCUAGUGAAGUUUUACGGACUUACAGGCUGACAAGAGUUGCAUACGGUACAACUUCGGCCUCAUUCAUGACCACAAAGUGUCUGUCGGUUCUAGCAGAAGAAUUCAACAGUCAGUUUCCAGAGGCAGCUAAGGCCGUACAAACAGAUUUUUAUAUGGACGACCUUAUGUCUGGGGCACAAACCGAAGAAGAGUGUUUACGUCUCCAGAAGAAUAUCUUAAGGAUAUUAGAUUCAGCAAAAAUGCCAUUACGAAAAUGGUGUUCUAACUCAAAAUCUUUACUCGAACAAAUCGACAACACAAAUGAUGAUGAGUUAUUUGUGUUAGAAUUGGGUGAGGACGACAUAAUCAAAUCGUUAGGCCUAGGUUGGAAGCCAGUGGUAGAUAUCUUUCAAUUUAAUGUAGCGAUUUCUGGCAAGAAUAGUGAAACAACCAAACGUGGUCUCCUGUCCGCUCUAAACAGUAUAUUUGAUCCACUGGGUUUCCUGGCUCCAGUGUUAGUAAUAGGAAAAAUUUUUCUGCAGCAACUAUGGCUUGUGAAAACAGAUUGGGAUAGUCCAUUGUCUGCCGAAAUAGUACAAAAGUGGCACCAAUACUGGUCAGAUAUUAACACACUUAAAACGCUGGAAAUUCCAAGAAAGGCAGUUGCAUGUGCAGGAGUAUGGACCGAAUUUCACGGUUUCUGUGAUGCAUCAGAAAAUGCCUAUGGCGCAUGUAUUUAUGUACGGAGUAAAUUGCCAAGCGGAAUAUGGCAAUCAAGAUUAUUAUGUGCAUCUACUCGAGUCGCUCCUCUCAAGGGAGCCACGAUCCCUAGACUAGAAUUGGGGGGAGCACUAAUAUUGGCUCAAUUAGCAAUGAAGGUAGCCAAUUCAUGGAAGGUUGACGUACAUAGAUUUUAUUUGUGGACAGAUUCAACCAUAGUUUUGGGAUGGUUGAAUAGCCAAUCUAUUCGUUUGAAAACCUAUGUAUCAAACCGCAUCUCACAAAUCUUAGAUAUUACCAAUACUGAGCAAUGGUACUACGUCAGGACAUACGAUAAUCCAGCAGAUUUGUUAUCGAGAGGUGUGAAGGCACACGCCAUAAAAGGCAUGGAGAUGUGGUGGAGUGGACCAAAAUGGCUAUCCCAUGAUCAGGAAGGUUGGAUAUCCGAACAAGUAUCAUUGCCAAUUGGAGAAGAGUUACCAGAGCAGAAAACCGUACGCUUCGUUCUCUUAACAGGGCAGUCACCGAACAGGCUUGUUGAUUCGUGCUCAAGUUGGCAACGCCUACGUCGAGCAACUGCGUGGAUGCUACGAUUCAUUGAAUUUAUAAAAGCCAAACGUGCCCCACAACUAAUACGCUACCUGACUGUUAAGGAGUUAAUAGUCGCUGAACAAAGACUAAUAAUUUAUGCUCAAAGGGAAAUUUUCAUGGAGGAAUAUGAUGCAUUAUUAAAAAAUAAAGGUAUCUCUGGUCGAAGCAAAUUAAGGUCAUUGAACAUCAAGUUAAGAUAUGGCAUGAUUGUAGUAGGGGGUCGUCUUGAUAAUGCCGAUCUUUCACAAGACCAAAGACAACCAAUAAUUCUUCCAUACAAUCACAAGGUUACACAGUUGAUAUUUUCAGAUUGUCACAUGAAAUUAUUACAUUGUGGUCCCCAGUUAUUAUUAGCGGAAAUCAGGCAGUUGUAUUGGCCACUGUCUGGUAGGCUAUUAGCUCGCUCAACAGUUCGAAAUUGCGUGAAAUGUGUACGGAGCAAACCGACUUUCCAAUUCCCAAUAAUGGCGCCCUUACCAAAGGAAAGAGUACAGUGUUCACGCCCUUUCACGUACACAGGCGUUGACUUUGCAGGACCGUUAAUUAUCCGUAGCGGUAUCAGGGGACGUUCAGGAACAAAGGCUUGGAUAUCAAUUUUCGUGUGUUUUUCUACAAGAGCGGUUCAUAUAGAGGUAGUCGAAAACUUAACAAGCAAGGCCUUUAUAGCGGCUUUAAGGCGAUUUGUUGCUAGACGAGGAAAACCCUCUGAAUUGUGGAGUGACAACGGAACAAACUUCGUUGGAGCAAAUAAAGAAUUAACCAACUACACUCAACAUCUCGACAAACAAUUAGCCAAUGAAGGGAUUACCUGGCGCUUUAACCCACCAUCAUCACCUCAUUUUGGAGGGUUGUGGGAAGCUGCAGUUAAGAGCGCUAAGCAUCAUUUGACUAGAACUACCGGGGAGACAAAGCUAACGCUAAGUGAGCUCAGUACACUGCUAUGUCAAAUUGAAGCCUGCCUCAAUUCCCGGCCAUUGACACCUAUGAGCAGUGACCCCAAUGAUUUCAUGCCACUGACCCCAGCGCACUUCCUACUCGGUGCGCCUGUAACUUCGGUUCCAGAACCCAAUUUAAAUGGUGAAGAGCCACAUAUAAUGCGACGCUGGAAAUUUGUACAGCAUCUUCUUCAAACUUUCUGGAAACGAUGGCAGAUGGAAUACUUACCCCAAUUACAGAUCCGAGGAAAGUGGACAUCUGGAUGUGCCCAGAUAGCCAUAGACGAUUUAGUAAUUGUCAAGGAAGACAACCUACCACCCCUCAAGUGGCACUUAGCACGCGUCAUAGAGCUACAUCCAGGUCGUGACGGAAACGUAAGGGUUGUAUCCAUACGUAAUUCCAGUGGUAAAAUAAUGCGUCGGCCAGUUGCGAAAUUAUGUAGAUUGCCUGUCCAUGAAAGAGAUGUAAACAAUGAAAGCCAACUUCCAUCGGGGGGGAGGAUGUUGACGCCCAAAUAA